AUGGGUUAAAUUUCUUGCUUUUAAGGAAAUGAGUUAACGGAGUUCAAUGUAAUGUUACUAGGUCCAUCAGGAUCAGGGAAGACUAGGAUAGUGACAGAAAAGACAUUAGGACCUACAAUUAAAUUAGAAAAGCACUUAGUAAAAGUUAAUGAUACGCACGGGUUGAAUUUUUAUGACACACCUGGAAUAUUUAGUUUAUUCAAAUAAUGUCUAAAUUACGAUAUUAUAUAAAGUGUUGAUAUAAUUGUAUGCUUCCCUAAUUCUGAAUAAUACAAGGAGUAUAUUAAGGAGAUUUUGUAGAAUAAUACCAAGUUGUUCAAAUAGAUUCCAUUUUAUGAUAUUCCAGGUGAUUUAGAAGCAAAGGAGAUAAGAAAUAAUAUAUAUUUAUUUAUUUUGUCAUAAAGUAAAAGAAAGUCAAAAAAGCCUAGUUAUAAUUAAGAAAUUGUAUGA